AGCUGCGCAAGUUUCGACUCGUUCACUCUGGCGACGAGGAUGGCGAGCGUUUGCCGGAAUGGAGGUUACGGCGAGUGCUUCUCCAUUAAAAGGGAUUUAUCUUUGGGAUUGUGGAAUGUUGUUAAAUGUGUUUAUUUUUGUCGCACUUCUCAUGGGGCUGCAGCUGCAAAUUCUUCCGCACAAUGGCAGACCUUGAGUGGUAAUGCUCCCUUAGUUAUAUCACGUGGCAGCUUCUAUGGAGUUUUCCCAGAGUCCAGCCAGUAUGCUUACCAAUUUGCACUGGCAAAUAGUGUGGAAAAUGUAUUUUAUAUUGUGACCUUCAAUUAACAAAAUAUGGAGCUGGAAUCUGCCAGUCAGAUUAUAGACUGGAUAAUUCAACAACUAUUUCAUCUGUCUUCCCGGAAGGGCAAAAACUUAUCCUGUCAAUGGAAAACAGCUUCAAGGAUGGUUUUCUGUUGAUUUCACUUCAGAUCAAUUAGAUAACAAUGUCUCAUGUGAGUGUAGCUUUUUUAUGUUUACUAUUGAGUUGUAUUAACUUUUUUAUGCAGUC